GCGGGAAAGCUUCAAAUACACAAACCGGGGGAUUAAGCGCGCGAGAAAGAGGAAGAUAAGCCAUGGACGGAAGCAGGUCAAGCGCCGAUUUGCAGAGCAUUCUCGAUGCCAUUUCGUCUUCAGAUGUGGUCGAGAGUCGCAUUCAGUUGCUCAAGAAACUGGAGGAUUUGGAUUUAUCAAGUAAAUCAGACUUGAUUUCAUUAGUCGAAAGCCUUAUAAUAUUUUGGGAAGAUUUCACAUGUUUGGAUGUGACGCAAUGCCUGUUAAACAGAACUAUUUUACUUGUGGCUGUAAUACGACUAGGGAAGGACUCAGCUGACUGUCUGCUUCAGUUUCUUACACUCGGAGUUAAGGCAAGUAUCUGGUGUAGAAAGCAUUUAAAGAUGACGCUUAUGUCAAUCCAGGAGUCACAGGAAGAAGAGCAUUCGAACCUGUUUUUUCAGCUUCUUUUGGAUGCAUUGAAAUUUUCUGCUGCCAGUUUUUCAGCUCUUGCAAGAUGUCCUCCUUCCGAAGACAAGGUGUUGAUGAAUACGGUUGAGAAUUUUACCUUGGAGCAGUUGAAUUUAAUGAUUGAAUCAGUAUCAGAAAUUCAGAGUAUUCAUAAGUUUGGCCCAGAAAUUUUGAAAGCUGUGCAAAUGGUCAUUGAUGCAACGAUAAAAUUUUCUGAGUUUCACUGUCAAGCCCUAGAUUGGGAGUCCUCUGGUGAAGAAUUCAAUAAAACCAGCCCUUCUGUUAAUCAUGUCAUAAACGUAUACAAGUGUAUAAUAGAGACGUUAUGUGAAUUGGGCACCAUUGCAGCCAAAGGUGGUGGAGGAUUGGUAACCGUUCUUAAUGUGUCAUGGAAAGGAGUGUUUACCGUGCUUCAACAGGGAAAUAUGGUGGUAUCAUCGAAGGUGAAUGUAGCAGCCAUUAUUCUAAAUCUAGUUUCACUUGUCAUCGAGCCUAUGAAAUAUGCAGCAGCGACCUGGUCUUCUGUAAUGAAAGAACCUGUCUCUGCAACUGAUGCCAGACGGAUAUUUCUUCCAGUCAAAUUUUUUCUGAUUAAUGCUGUGAAAAUAUCAUGCCUUUGUCCUUGCCAAGCUUAUCUAGUACGUAAGGAGAUCAUUUUCUGCAUCCUUGUGAUCUCCACAUAUAAAGUUUGGGUAAGCAAUGAAAAGUUACUAGAAACCGUAACUGAAGCGAUUACUGAACUUUUGGAGCAACCAUGCUUGGACUUAGUCAAGUGUAUACUAAAUUCCACUGAUCUAAAGCAAGACCUGAAACACGAUAUAAUGGAUUUGUUAUUCACCACCGAAAGGUGUUCUUUUCCAGAUGGAUAUCGUAGUGCUUGUUUUAUGAAUGAUCCAACAAAUGGAAUUUUUAACACUAAUUGUGAAGGCAGGAAUGAUGCCAAAAUCUUAUUGCUUGGUCGCAUUAAUUUUCUGCUUAAUUUGAUGAAGCAUUCUUUCGAUCUCAGUGAUGAUGCAAAACUGCUGAUCACCACAAAACUCAAUUGGCUUUUGGACAUUUUAGUUCAAGAAGAUGUAUAUGCAUCAGUUCUUCUCCUGCAAGUUCCUUUCUCAUAUAUCUCUGGCAAAACUACGGAGCUAAAGUGGCUGCCUCUAUUAUCUUGUCUUUUGCAUGCAUUGAAGACUUUCAUGGUUGCAGUUUCUAAGAAUUAUGCUUGGUUGGAACUGCAGUUCUUCUUGCUUGACAAUCUCUUGCAUCCUCAUUUUCUUUGCUGGGAUAUUGUUAUGGAACUUUGGUGCUUUAUGUUGCGCUAUGCUGAUGAUAGCCUGGUGAAUGAUGUCAUCUCUAAACUUUUUUCUGUAAUGAAGUUGCUGGCAUCAUCAGAGCCAGUUCUUGUUUACAGUUCAGCUUUGAGAAAAAUGGCUAGGUCUAUGACUAUGCUACUUACAUAUGGUGCACAUACUAAACGUAAUGAGAUUUUUGAGUCUAUUUUCAUUCAGGACAAAUCUCAGUUGUCGACUGUGAUAUGGGUUGCUUUGAUCUUGGAAGGCUUUUCCUUAAACUUACUUUCUGAGAAGAUGAAAAAUAUAGUUAUUCAGAGUACGAUUCGUGAUUAUUUGACCUUUAUUGGAAAUUUCAACGAGACUUCAAUGUUAGCUUCCUCCUCUGCGACUAUUGGGUUGCCGGUAUUUUCUGCAUCUACUAUAAUACAAUCCAUGAAGUUAAGCACCUCUGAUAUUGAUGUGAGAACGUUGAAGUUCUUACUUGCGCUUCUCCGUAGCUACAAAAUCUCUGGAGUUGAACAAGCAAAGGGAGUCUGUAGGAAACUAAUAUCUGAAACAUUGGGGAUCAUCUCGUGCGUGGAGCACCUUUAUGCAGCUAAUGAAAUGGAGGAAGUCAUCUUGGAGCUUGAAAAGCUUUUUAUCUCAGGACCAACGGCCUCAGAUGCUCUGUUAUAUGAAUGCAAAUCAAGUUUGGCUCCUUUCCUGGCAGGGCUUGCACACAUCAAAAUGACUGAAACUGAUGAUAAUGCAAAAAGCUGUGCUGUGUGGGAGUUAUAUCACAUGUUAUUUAAGGAGCGGCACUGGGCAUUUAUACAUUUGGGGUUAACAGCUUUUGGAUAUUUUGCGGCACGUACUUCUUGUGAUGAGCUGUGGAGAUUUGUGCCGCAGAAUGCAGCUCUUUCAUACGAUUUGGAAUCAGGAAAACAGGUAAGUGAAGAUGGAUUUAUGUUAGAGUUUAAAAUAUUUCUUGAGAAGGAAAUGGCUCUCCUCACAGUAACACCGUGCUCCGAGCAGCUAGCGCUGCUUAUGAAAGAAGGACUUGUGUUAAAGGAUAUGUUGAAUUCGUCAUUGAAAUUAUGUGGAACUGGCAACAAAUGUAAGAGCAUGGAGAUUGAUGAAGGACCAUCUAGCAGGAAAAGAAAGCUUCCUGAAGGACUCAGUAAGGGAAUGGAAUUGCUAAAGAAUGGAUUAAAGGUCAUGCGCCAGGGUCUCUCACUGUUGGAAGAAAACCAUGUCGAUUCCAGAGAACUUCACGACAAACUUCGGAGUCACUUUUCUGGCCUUGAAGAUGAAUUAUAUCGUCUGGGCAGCCAGGGUGGGGUUGACUAAGUAGUCUCGAAUCCAAAGACCAAGAAAUCCAGCACUAUAGCCCAUGGUUCGGUCCGUGCUAUCCUUCAGUUGCAGAAGGAACUGGAUGCCAGUUUGCAUAGUGGAGCCACACUUGACAUCGGUCUUUACCUAUAAUGACUAAUGAAUCUUAUCGAUUGGUUCGUGCUACAGUGGUGAGUCCGAGAAGUAGUUUGCCUCAUAGCCUUUCUUUGGCGCCAACUAGGGGUUUAGAAAUACUUUUUGCCACUCAUCUUGAUGAAGAUUUGAGUUUAUCUCGGACUGUGCCAUAAGUUGAUUGAUAUCAAGUAUAUCGUAAUGGUCGAUAUUGAUAAUUGGAUAGCGAUAGGAGGGGGGAGUGAAGUUGAGAGAUCUAAUCGGCGUUCCUACGAGGUAGAAACCUUGUUUACGAAUGGGUGUAGAGGCGAGUUUUACAUUGCCCAACUCUGCAAAUGGUAAAAGGACAGUAGCGUUCUACGAACAUUGGUCAAUAACUGUCCACCUAAUCCCCACUUAACCGCUUUCCAACUUCAAAAGGCCAUUGGAGCUCUCGAGGAUUUUCGAAGGAGAUACUUUCUGUGGACUUACAGAGCAACUGUUUGGCAUAGAAUACGAAGUCCGUGUGAUCAAUGGCUUCACAAACAACUCCUCACUUCCUCUAGUG